AUUUAAUUGGCGUAAACUAUACUAUCUCAACGAAACAACAGAAAUUGUAAAAAAUCUACCUCACUAGACCUACAUUUAAAUAUACGAGAUAUGAAUUAAUGUGUUUUAUUAAUAAAAUUCUAUAAAAUGCUAUAAUUUCUGUGAUCAAUUGACAGAAGUGCCAAGUAAGUACUUCAGUAAAUAUGGGCGUAAAAGGUCUAUGGGCUGUCUUGACGCCAUACAGUGAAAAGAAGGCCCUUCAUGAAAUUUGUGGUGAAACUGUUGCUAUAGACUUAUCUGGAUGGGUGUGUGACAGCCAAAAUGUUACUGAUUAUCAUGUUCAGCCAAAAUUAUAUUUAAGGAAUUUGUUCUUCAGAACCAUUUACCUCUUACUCGCAGAUAUCAAUCCCAUAUUUGUGUUGGAGGGUGAUGCACCUGAGCUUAAAAGGGAUGUCAUGGCAGCUCGUAAUGCUAUGCAAUUCCGUGGUGCUGCUCCUAAGAGCGACAAUGUAUCCAAUAAACGUCCAGAUGUUAGUAGAAAAAGAUUUAAAAAUGUUUUAAAGGAGUGUGAAGCUUUGCUGAGCUGCAUGGGGGUGCAAUGUAUUAAGGGACGAGGAGAGGCAGAAGCAACAUGCGCACAAUUAAAUGCUCAAGGUUUGGUAGAUGCUGUUGUGUCCCAGGAUUCUGAUUGUUUUGCGUAUGGUGCUCGCUGUGUUUACCGCAACUUCAGCGUGUCCAGCGCGGCUGGCGGUGGUUCAUUGCAGGGCUCCGUCGAUUGUUACGAUGCCGACAAAAUGUUUCAAAGUAAUGGAUUCGGACGUAACAAGAUGGUUGCUUUGGCUCUAUUGUGUGGUUGCGAUUAUGUAUUGGGUGCAUGUGGAUCGUCGAUAAAUACAGCUGUCUCCUUCUUACACACUGUUCCUGAAAGUGACAUUAUUCCCAGAUUGUUGUCCUGGGUGACGGACACGACGGAGUACGAGGAGCGCGCGCGCUGGGCAUCUGCGACGGGUUACUGCGAUCGCUGCGGUCACGUGGGACGUACGCAUUCACGCAACGGCUGCCCCGUCUGCGUCACACAUAAAGGCUGCAACGACAAUGGACACAAGUCUAAAGUGUCUGAAGUCAAACGAGAACUCUCCUUAAGAUCACGCGCGUUGACUUGCGGAAUGCCGUUCCCCGAGCCUAAAGUAAUGCAGGAGUUUUUGAACACAAGCCCGGAGAAUAUAGAUAUUGAUCGUUUGAAAAAUCCCACACCAAGUCUGAUUAAGUUUGUGAAAUUGAUGUCUACUAAAUUAGAUUGGUCAGAAAGGUACUGCGUUGAAAAGUUUUUGCCUUUGCUGACCAAGUGGCAUUUUCAGGAUUAUGUCCCUUGCAGAACCAUCAAACCAAUAGAAAUAAAGAAAAAAAGGAAUCCUAGAGGUGUACCUAGUUACGUGGUGCUGUGGGGUGAUACUGAUGGCCAAUAUGAGGCAUUGAUACCAGAUGACCAAUUUGAAGAGGACGAAGACCCGUUAUUACCAUGGACAUCGACAGAACGGCAAGAUCUGAUGCGACAAUAUUACUCGGAGGUGGUGGAAUCCUAUGAGGAUUCCAUUAAAAAACCACCAAAAGUUAAAAAGGCUAGAGCCAAAAAGAAAGACAAAGACGACAAUGAAAAACCAAAACGCAAAUACAAUAAAAAGGUGAAAAAACUUAUAGAUACAGACAUCAUAAAUCUUAGCGAUGCAAUGAAAAGUCUGAAUGUUUCCACUAAGGUUCCUGAACUUAAUUCUAGUAAGACUAAUGUUAGCGUGAGCGUAAAUAAGCUGAAAAGGAAAUUAAAAACAAACACAAAGAAAGGUCAAAAAACUAUUGAUAGUUUUAUAACCACCAAGAAACGCAAGUCUAUCAAAAAGGCAAUGCACUCCUUGAGACGUAGCCUUGAUAAUAUGUCUUUAAUAACCAAACCCAAUGAAUUUGAAUGUCAUGAAAAUAUAAACGAAAAAGAAAAUAGAAACGAAACGAAGAAUUUGUUAAAUUUAUCGAAUUUGAGCACAGAUAAUAUACAGGAGAGUGAUCUCUCUGAUUUAAUAGAUAACAUUGUUACACGAUCACCCAUAACUAAGACUGCUACUGUGGAUAAUAAUCUAGUAAAACUAAUAUUCAAUACUAAAUAUUCAACACCCAAAAAGCCCAUUAGAAAGAGUAUGUUAAAAGAGAUUCAUAAUAACUGCUCGACGCCUAAAGAUAGCCCUAUAAGAAGAAGCAGUAUUACACGCAAUCCAAAUAAUUUUAAUAUUGUUAUACAUUCAGAUAUAAACACUAGUUACUUCUUUGAUAAAUUUACUGACGAACGUGACGCGUUCGAAAUAUCAAUGGAAUAUAAACAUAAAAGUGCUAUUAUGUGUCUAGACUGUGAUCAGACUAUCGACUACAGUUUACCUGAUGUAUGUUUGUAAAGAUUUCAUAAAAUAAAGCGAGUAUUUA